AUGUUGUUUGUGGUGGUCGCCGUCCUUUUCCUGUCAGGUAAGCUUUUACAUUCAGUUUUUUGAGACAAUAGAGUACUAAUUUCAAUUUAGAAAUAGUAAGUCAUUUUAUUGACAGUACUUUAACGAGAUUUUACUGAAAUUAAAAUUUUAAAUCUUCUUCCUAGUGCGAUUUCGAACUCGCAAAUCAAAAAACUGCCAGAACUGUUUACUUUAUGAUAUUUGGAGCAAAACUAACUUGAUUCAAGACCUUAAACUUGUAUAUUACAGAUGUGGUGGCAGAAACAGCGGUCGGAAAGAAGAAAGCCGAGGACAAGAUCCCGGUGAUCGAACUCCGAGGCGAGGGAAAACCUAUGAGUGCCGCCCAGAUUAGGCAAUUGGAAGAGAUCAGCAAUGGAGGGCCACUAGAUAUCAAGGUAACACAAUAUUAGAACAAAAAACACCUUUUAAAAUGGCAAAAAACUGAAAGUUAAUGCUUGAGUAUAAUAUAAAACAAUCACAAGACAGCCUAAAUUCCUCAAAAUUACUUAUAACAUACGGAUUUUAGAUAGAAAAGACUUGGCGUCCAGCCAAAUGUCCUCGAGAAGCCCAGCGCCUCGACUUUGUCACUUUCCAUUACAAGGGAUUCCUGGAAGAUGGCAAGAAGUACCAUCAGACCUACGGAAGUGGUCCCAUUACCAUUCAGCUGGGAACCGGAAUGGCUAUGCCUGGACUAGACAAAGGCCUGAGAGGAAUGUGCGAUCAAGAACUCCGCAAGAUCAACGUUCCCUUCAGAUUGAGCCGCAAAGCCAAGAGCAAGGUCUGGAAGCAAAUCCCGAACGACGAACAUUGGCUGUCGUUCAACAUCGAGAUGCUGGAGGUGAAAGAAUGGAAUCUGGAGCGACAAUUCAAGUACCUCGACAUGAACGAAGACGGAUACAUCACCGAGAACGAUGUAAGAUCUAAGGUUUCUACCGAAUUUCCCAGCAAUAUUUUGUAAAACGUCAAAAUGUCACAAAAUAGAAGAAAUGUCACAUAUCGAUUUAUUUUAAUUUCGUUUUUAGGCGAUUAAAUUCCUGGACAACCAGAAGCGAAUGUACGGUAAAAGCUGGAAGAACGAGGACAUUGACAAUGUUCUGGCAGCCCGUUACUACGUAAAAUAUUUUGACGUCGACGGCGAUACCAAAGUAUCUCAAGAAGAGUUCACAGAGAUCAUGAACCGCGACAUCAAGGAGAUGGAGAGCAAGGCUGUCGCUUUGUCCAACGACAAGAACAGACCCAAGGGAAAGCGACGAGACCCUGGGGUCGCCUGGAUUCUGGACUUCAACAACGAUGGCAUUGUGAGCUACGAGGAGAACGACUCCGCUGAUGUUGUUCUACAAUCAGAUCCGAAGCGAUUGCCUCAAAAGGGUCACAAGGAGGAGUUAUGA